CAUUGUUUUAAGUUGUAGAAGUAGAGAAAGCUUGAAAGAAAACUUUUGAGGAACUAUAAAGAAUCGAGAAUGUCAUCUGGUGUACCGAGGACCACUCCCAGCAAUGGGACACACUUAAGUCCUCUUGAAGUUCAAGAACUACCUGUUAAUAUCCCUGGAAAUCAUAGAGACAGGGAAAAUUCGAGCAGUCGAAGACCUACCGAUGACGUGUCCCCCAGCUCUACCCAGUCAUCUUCAGGGAAUGGCGCUGUCAAUUACUCUGGUCAAAUCAUGUUCAACUGGCAAGCAUCUCGCCUCACCGUCAAGGAUCGUUUAGCAUUUAUAUUCAAUAAAGAGAUACUGAGUGAUGUGCAUUUCAUCGUUGGCAAGGGUGCCCAACAGCAAAGAAUACCAGCCCACAAGUUUGUAUUAUCUGUUGGAAGUGCUGUAUUUGAUGCUAUGUUCAAUGGUGCAAUGGCAACAACAUCUGACGAAAUUGAACUUCCUGAUGUUGAACCUGCAGCGUUUUUAGCUCUGCUGAGGUUCUUGUACUCGGAUGAGGUUCAGAUAGGACCAGAAACAGUCAUGAUGACGUUGUAUACUGCUAAAAAGUAUGCAGUUCCUGCUCUGGAAAAAGCUUGUGUGGAAUUCUUAAAGUCAAACUUAAGUAGUGAUAACGCUUUCAUGCUGUUAACUCAAGCAAGGCUGUUUGAUGAACCACAAUUAGCUGCUUUAUGCUUGGAGACAAUUGAUAAGCACACCUCAGAAGCUUUAGCAGCUGAAGGUUUCACCGAUAUUGAUCAUGAAACUUUGUGUGUUGUACUAGAACGUGAUACAUUGAGAAUAAGAGAAGCCAAAUUAUUCACUGCCAUUACCAGGUGGGGAGAACAAGAAAGUAUUCGCCAAAAUCUUGCUGUCAAUCCUGAAAAUCUUAGAAUGCUUUUGGGUCGUGCUCUACAUUUAAUAAGAUUCCCAAUAAUGACUGUGGAAGAAUUUGCGCAGGGACCAGCUCAAGCAAAUAUCUUAACAGAUAAAGAAAUUGUUUCUCUAUUUCUGUACUUCACUGUGAAUCCAAAGCCUCCUAUAAAUUUUCCUGAUAUUCCUCGCUGCUGCAUCACUGGCAAAGAGCAAACUGUUUGUCGUUUCCAACAGUCGGAAAGCCGAUGGGGCUAUAGUGGUACUAGUGACAGAAUACGAUUCAUGGUUGAUAGAAAAAUAUAUGUUGUUGGAUUUGGUCUUUAUGGAUCGAUACAUGGCCCUUCAGAUUACACUGUGAAUAUUCAGAUAAUCCACACAGGGACAGGCAAGUUGCUUGGCUCAAAUGAUACUAGUUUCAGCUGUGAUGGUUCUGCAUCUACAUUCCGUGUUAUGUUUAAAACUCCGGUGGAAAUUAUUCCUAGCAAUAACUAUACAGCCUGUGCCACACUAAAGGGACCAGAUUCACACUAUGGAACAAAGGGAUUAAGGAAAAUAACUUUAGAUUGCCCUAGUGGAGGAAAAGUCACUUUCCUUUAUACGUACGCUGCUGGAAACAACAAUGGAACUUCCGUUGAAGAUGGCCAAAUUCCAGAAAUAAUAUUUUAUACUUGAUUCCUUUUUUCAUCCUAUUCAUUGUCAGUAUGCAAUCAAUUGAUGUUAUUACUUAAUAAAGCUACAAAAUUAAAAGUGUUACAUAGGUUCUACUGAUGCUAUGCAGUAGAAUUUUUUUUAAUGAACUCUUGGAGAAUAUUGAAAAGUUCAUAAAAAUGAACUAAAUUCAAAAAUGUGAGAACACAAAUAAAGUAGUAUUUGCUAAUGUUAUUUUCAGUUGCUGUAUGCGUACUUCUCUUAAAAAAAUAAAUAAAUGGUGUACUAUAAUUGAGUAUCAAGAUGCCCAUCAUUGAAAUGCCAAGACUUCUGGGAGAAAAUUAUAAUUCUAGGAAAAUCAGGGUACUAUCAUGGCAAAAUCAAGAGAAAUCAGGGAACUAAGAAAAAUGUGAAAUUUAAAUCCUCAAACACAUGAAAAAAUAUAUGCAUAAACUUGAACUGUAUUUUAGAGGUAUAUUUAAAUAUAUAUCCCGUACAAAAUAUAAAUGUUACUUUACAAUAAAAAAUUAUUGAUAAAUACCAAAAUCUUCCCAUCCAUAAUAUGUGUUAGAGAAAAAACAGUUUGCAAGUUUUUGGUAAUGUGAAUAAAUUGUGGAACACUGAAUUGUAAAACUA